AUGUCUGAAAAAGAUUCUAAAAUAAAAGAACUCGAAGAAAAAUUGAGAAAAUGUGGACCAAUUGGCGAAGGAAAUGCUCGUAGUGGUGCACUUGGUCAAGGAAAUGUACGAGGUGGACCAAUUGGCGAAGGAAAUGCUCGUAGUGGUGCACUUGGUCCAGAAAAUGCUCGUAGUGGUGCACUUGGUCAAGGAAAUACUCGUGGUCGUGAUGGUAGCGGUGGUGGUGCACUCGGUCAAGGAAAUACUCGCGGUGGUUCUACACCUGGUGACGAAAAUUUUUUCGUUGAUACAGCGGGACCAGGAUAUGCCCUUAAUGGUCAAUUUGAUGAUGAUGAUGAUGAUAACUAUGGGGGUGGUCGAAGUGGCGGUGGCCGAAGCGGCGCUGAUCAAAGCGGGGCUGGCAUGCUAAGGGAAGCCAUGCAUAAAUUACAAAACAUUGAUGAAAUAGUUAAUGAAAAUAAAAAAUUACAUUUGAAAUUAAGAUGUUCAGAAGAAAAAAUAAAACUUUUAGAAGAAAGAAAGAAACAAUUAGAAAAAGAAUUAGCUGAUCUUAGAUCAAAAAGUCAAAUACAAAUAGAUCUUAACAAAGCACAAGAAAUGCUUGCUCAAAUAUCAGGUACGAAUAAUGUUGAAGAUUCGGAAGCAGAAAGAACAUUAUUACAAGAAAAAGUAAAUAAAUUAGAAAAAGAAUUGGAAGAAUUUAAAAAGAGAGAAAACGAAAUUGAAAUGUUAAGAAAACAAUCUAAAUCUGAUAAUAUGAGCAUUGAAGAAAUAUCAAGAGAAAAUGAAUGUUAUAAAAAAAAAUUAGCUUCAAUGAAAUGUUUAGAAAAACAAAUACAAGAAUUGAAAAAAAGGGGAUUAGCAUUGGCUGAUAAAUACAAAAGGGAAUCACAAAAAGCGGCUGAACAAAUGAAAAAUAUGAAUAAAACAACAAAAGAACUUAACGCAUUGAAAAAAGAAAGAGAUUGCCUUCUUAAAAGAGUCAAUGAAUUAUCAUCCCACGAAAACGAAUACAAAGCUUUACAGAGUAAACUUAAAAAAGUCGAUGAUAUAAUUGCCGAAAAUGAAAUAUUAAAUAACAAAUUAUUAGCUCUCGAUAAGUUAGAAAAAGAAAACGAAUAUCUUAAAUGUAGAUUAGAAAAAAUUCAAGAAAUAGAAGUUAGUGCGAUAGAAGAUAAAGAACUUAUAUCGAAAUUACAAAAUGCCGUGGCUGAACAAGAGGAAGAAAUGAAAGAUUUAUUGGGUCAAAUUGAAAAAUUAAGUAGCGGAGAAGAAUUAGAACGUUUAAAAUGUGAGCUCUAUGAGAAAAAUUCAAAAUUACGGUUAUGCGAAGAACAUUUGGCGGAAAUCCCCAUGUUGGAAGCGGAAAUUGAUGAACUUAGAAAAAAACUUCAGUCGUUUUCGGAAAACAUUUCUGAAAAAAAAACGAGUCAACCUAGACUUCAAAAGAUAGAAGUUAGAUGGCCGUCAAAAUCAAAAGAAAUUUCAGUUAAAUAUAAACGUGAAAGUUUACAAACUUCAUCGGUUAUAGGAGUUUUGAGAGGAGAAAAAAUUAACGUCGAAGAUAAUAACAUGGGUGUUGAUAAUGAAAAUACUUUAUCAAAAUCUCAGCCUUCUUCAAGUAAUAAAUUAAAACAUACCCGUGAAGAAAAAGGAAAUAUGUCUUGUGAAGAAGUACAAAAUUUAUUACAAUCUUCGAAGGGUAUAAUAUCUUGCGUACUCGAAGACAUGAUAGAACACCAUAAAGAAAUGGAAGAAUUAGAAGCGUGUAACAAAGCAAUGAAAAAUGAAAUAGAAAAAUUAAAAAAAAGAAUUGAAAAAUCUGAUACGAAAUUUCUGUAUGACGAAAUUGAUGAUUUGAAAAAAGCACUUGCAGAAAAGGAAUCAGAAAUAAAUAGGUUACAUAAAGGUAAAAAAGGAUCCCUCAUGAAAAAUGCUAUUGAAAGCAAUGAUGAGUUAGACAUUGAAACGCUUAAAGAUUUAAACCAACAAAUGAAAGCAGAACUUGAAGCUGCUUGUAAUGGUCUUAAACAAGUUGCAGAUUUAGAAAAGCUUUUAGAAAUGGAACGUCAAGCUCGUUGUAAAGCAGAAAGAUUAGCAAAGCGUAAUAUAAAAGAUAAUUAUUCAAUGCAACCUGAAGAUGAAGUUAAUUUCAAUAAAUCUAAAGCUCUUCAACAAGAAAUUGAUCAGUUAAAGCUUCAAAUUAUGGAAUUGAAUAAUUUGACAUCGGAAUUGAAAAAAGAAAACGAGCUAUUGCGAGAAAUACAAAAACCCACUCCGGAUUUUUCGAAAUCCUUAGAUGAAAAAUGCGCUUUAGAAAAUUUACUUAGCCUUCUUCAAGCUGAAUUAGAUGCAUUUAAAGGCCAGAAAUUAAGUGAUGAAUGCGAAGCUCUUCGCUCUGAAUUAAAACGAGUUUUAGAGCAAAAUUGUCAACUUAAAACUUUAGUGAACUGUUUACGGCAAAGGCUUGAACUUGAAAAGGAAGCCAAUCGAUUAGAUGCUUUAGAAACCAAACCUCCUUCUUCUUAUCAUUCACUAAAAGAGCCCGCUCCAACAUCUCCUGUUUCAGAGCAAAAAUUAGAUUUACCUUCGCAGCCGCUUUUGUCCAAAUCUCAAGAAGAAACUGCAAAAUUACCAUCGGUUUCUUCUUCUCACGAAGCAAUGGAAAAAUUACCUCAUGUUUCUUCUUCUCACGACGGAACGGAUAAAGUACCUCUUAUUUCUUCUUCUCACGACGGAACGGAUAAAGUACCUCUUAUUUCUUCUUCUCACGACGGAACGGAUAAAGUACCUCUUAUUUCUUCUUCUCACGACGAAACGGAAAAAUUAACUCUUAUUUCUUCUCACGAGGCAGCGGAAAAAUUACCUCUUAUUUCUUCUCAAGACGAAGCUGAAAAAGUACCGCUUUUGUCAUCUCAACCCAGUUCUAAAGAACAAAUUAUAUAUAUACAACCUCCUACGCCUGUCCCUUCUACUUCUCAACCAAUUGAAGACGUACCUUCGAAAUUACCUACCUCCGCUUCGCAAAUUUUAGAUCUACCUAUAUCGAUUUCUCAACCAGUUAUAAGUAUAGAACCGCUAAUUGUAGAGAAAGUACCCUCGCUUCUUGAUGGGCCAAUUAUGGACAACAUGCGUUCUGAACCAGUUGCAGACGAAGCACCACCACGAGAGUCUGAACUUGUUAAAGAAAAAGAACCCUCGAUUCUUGAUCAACCAAUUGAAGACAAUGUACCGGUUGUAGAUAGUACGAAACCACUUCUAGUCGAACCUACUCGUGAAACUGCGCCAUUGCUUGUUCCUCCACCAAGUAAAAGCGAUGCGCCAAAACGUAAAAGUGAAUCAGUUGCAAGCACUACGUCACAACGUCGACCCGAAACAGUUGCAAGCACUACGUCACAACGUCGACCCGAACCAGUAGCAAGCACUACGUCACAACGUCGACCCGAACCAGUUGCAAGCACUACGUCACAACGUCGUCCUGAACGAGUUGCAAGCACUACCUCACAACGUCGUCCUGAACCAGUUGCAAGCACUACCUCACAACGUCGUCCUGAACGAGUUGCAAGCACUACCUCACAACGUCGUCCUGAACGAGUUGCAAGCACUACCUCACAACGUCGCCCUGAAUCGGUUGCAGAUAAAGCGCCGGAACGUCGUCCCGAACCAGUUUCAACCACUACGUCAGAACGUCGCCCUGAAUCGGUUGCACCCACUACCUCACAACGUCGCCCUGAAUCGGUUGCAAGCACUACGUCACAACGUCGUCUUGAACCAGUUGCAGGCACUUCGUCACAGCAUCGUCUUGAACCAGUUGCAAGCACUACGUCGCAACGUCGACCCGAACCAGUUGCAAGCACUACCUCACAACGUCGCCCUGAAUCAGUUGCACCCACUACCUCACAACGUCGCCCUGAAUCGGUUGCACCCACUACCUCACAACGUCGCCCUGAAUCGGUUGCAGAUAAAGCGCCGGAACGUCGUCCCGAACCAGUUGCAGAUAAUGUGCCGGAAAUUCGUCUUGAACCAGUUGCAAGCACUUCGUCACAGCGUCGUCCUGAAUCAGUUGCAGGCAAAGUGCCAUCGCUUUUAACCGCACCUGUUCAAGACACUGCACCCCCAGAAGCUGCUCGGCGUCGUACUGAAUCAGCUGUCAGCAGCGGUUCAAAACGGCGUCGUCUUGAACGAGUUUCAAGCACUACCUCACAACGUCGUCCUGAACCAGUUGCACCCACUACCACACAACGUCGCCCUGAACCAGUUGCACCCACUACCACACAACGUCGCCCUGAACCGGUUGCACCCACUACCACACAACGUCGCCCUGAACCGGUUGCAGAUAAUGUGCCGGAACGUCGUCUCGAACCUGUUGCAGGCAGCGUACAACCGCUUGCUGAACCUGUUCAUGACGAUACGCCACCGCUUAUACCUGCGCCAACUGAUGAAAACGCGCCACAAACUAAUGUGCAAUCACAGAGACGACGGAAGGAGCCUCCAGAAACGCCAGCGCCUCCAGAGCGUCCUUUACUAUCACAAACUAAACUCCCAACGGUUCUUCCUCGACCACCUGAAAUUCGUCGUGACGCCCCUGCAAACAUGAUACCAAUAAUUGAUUCGGUACCAAUUGUAGACAGUACGCAACCUCUUCUUCCUCAAACAAUUACUAAAUAUGUUCCGCCUUCAGAGGCUGAAUAUAAUAGAUUAAAAAAGUUGUUGGACGAAAAGGAUAAAAUUAUUGCUGACAAUAAGAAAAAAUAUGAUGAGUUAUUAAAGGACCUAGAAUCACAAAACGCUAGUGUUAUAAAAAAAUUAGUAGAACAGCAAAAGAAAGAAUUAGAAAACAGAGAGAAAGCUUGCAAUGACAACUUAAAUGCCAUGAAAGCCGGAUACGAAACCGAUAUUAGAAAGCUAACGGAAAAGCAUAGAGCUAGCAUUAUGAGACUUCAAGGUUUGCACGAAGACGAAGUUCAAGGCCUUAAUUUAGAACAUGACAGACAACUAGCUCAUUCUGAACAGGCGCUAGACGAUAUCGCAAGAGGUGCAGCUUCUCAACUCAGAAAAAUGUCAUUAUCAUAUUUACAAAAAAUGAAAAAGGCCGAAGACAAAUUAAUGAAAUUAAAAGAUGCCGAAGAUGCAGUUGGAGCAUUAAAAGCUAAGCACAGUAGAGAUUUACAGAACAUGAAGAGAAGUAAUCUAAGGAGGUUAAAUCAAUUAAACCAAGGUGAAGGAGUUUGUAAAUGCAAUUUUUAUAAAAAACAACCUCGUAAACUUAGAGAUCCGUCGUAUCCUCUUGAUUUUACUGAAGUUAUUGAAAAAAUUUUAGCAGAAGGAUUAGACAGCCUGUCAUUCAACGAAAUCGCUCUCGUUCACGCAAAAGCAUGUUGUGCACUUAAAGAAAAAGUACUCAAAGCGGAUAUAAGUUCAGUUCUUGAACCUCCUGUCGGUGAAACUUGCUUACAACCAUCACUCCUUGAAGCCGACAAAGAACAACUUUUACAAAGAAUAGUUAGUUUAGAAAAUGAAAUAAUUAAUAAACAAAAACAAACUCAAGAAGCUAUUCUUGACAUGGAAGUUUCGAUAAAGAAAGAAAGAUGCCGUCUUAAAGAUUUAAAUCUUCUUUUACAAAGCGAACAACAGAAAAAUUCAGAAUUAAAAUUAUUAUUAAAUUCUCAAACGAAAUUACAAUCGGAUUUAAAAGAAGAAAGAGAUAGAUUAGGUUCGCAGGCAUCGUUUCAUCAGUCGUUAAGUUUGGAAAAAACGAAACAAUUAAAUAAAGAAAUACAAGAUAAAAAAUUAUUAGAAAUUGAAAUGGAAAAACUUAAAAAUAUAACUCAAAGGUUAUGUAUGGCUUUAGAAAUUGAAAGACAAAAUAAAAAACCAUUUACAGAAUCUGAUGCCAUACAGGCAUUGAAAUUACAAUUGGAAGAAGCAAUAAAUAAACAAAAUAAUUUAGCUAUACAAUUAGAAAGUGAAAUAAAUUAUAGAAUACAAACACAAAAUCAAUUACAAAUUUUAAAACAAUCAAUGAAAAAAAUGGUUAAUUUACCGGCUGUUGAAAAAGACGUGGCACAAUCACCGUUCGAAACUAAGGUUAGUUACCUUUUUUAA